AUGAAGGCCCAUGUCAGAAAUAUGCAUGUUGCUCCUUUGGUCUGUACACAUCCAGGCUGUUCUUACAAGAAGCCCUUUGGAAAACCCUGCGACCUGAAAAGACACUUGGCCACUGUUCACAACACUAUAGGUGGGUAUCCCUGUCUCGAGAGCGACUGCACUGCGACGUUCUCCCGCAAAGACAAGAUGAUGAAGCACGCCCGAGAAAAGCACGAGCUUUUCAAAUGUCCUCACAAUCAUUGCUCGGCCACAGUCUUUGCGGUCGAGAGGGAGUCGCAUUUGCGAGAGUCCCAUGGCCGCUAUGAGUGUGCAAUUGGUUCUUGCAUAUCGACUCAUGGAACUCAUAAGUCAUGCUUCACGGAGCGAAGCCUUUCCGCUCAUCUCCGGACAUGCCAUCGAAUAACAUUCGAGUCAGUCUCUACGUUACUAAAUAGCAUGUCAACCCGUACAAGAGGAGAUAGCGCCUUUACUGCUACACUUCCUUGGUUCGUAUCGUACCGAGAUUGUCUAUCUUGUCUCACCCAAAGCCGCGCUGCACAGAAGUCGCGUCUUGGUGGCAACCGUCACUUCAAGGCCCUCUCCUAA